AUGGACGACCCCAACCCCGCCGCCGAUUCCUCCCGCCCCUCCACCUCCGUUCUCAAAUCCGGCGACCGCCAAAUGUUCACCGUCGAGCUCCGCCCCGGCGAGACCACCAUCGUCUCCUGGAAGAAGCUCGUUAGGGACACUAACAAGGUCAAUGCCCUGCCUCCCGUCACUGCUCCCGAGCCUCCCGCCAACGCUCACCCUAACCUCGAGUCUCGUAUAGCUCCGGUACAACCUUCUGGAGAGGGAGAGGGAGAGGGAGAGGAAGGGAAAGAUGAAGCUGGGCCGAAUCGUUUUAGUGCUGUGAUCGAGAAGAUUGAGCGCCUUUAUAUGGGUAAAGACAGUAGUGAUGAUGAAGAUCAAAAUAUUCCUGAUGAUGAUCAGUAUGAUACUGAGGACUCUUUUAUUGAUGAUGCCGAGUUGGAUGAAUACUUUGAAGUUGAUAAUUCAGCUAUAAAGCAUGACGGAUUCUUUGUCAACAGGGGCCAACUAGAACGAAUAAACACAACUGCUGCAUUACCUAACCAGCAACCAAAGAAAAGGAGAAGAAAAGAGGCAAAGAGUCCUGGUGAAAACGAUGACAGUCACCUGCCAAAUAAACAAGCAAAGUUAGGUAAGACAGCAGGAGCAAAGAUUACAUCUGGGCUUGCAAAGAACUCAUCUGGUCCUGCUACUAUUGCUGUAACCACGGGAUACCGUGAAGAUGUGAAAUUUCAGAAUCCAUUGUAUGCUAGUGGUUAUUCAUCCACUAAAAAGUCUGCUGAUUCUAAAACAGUUGUCAAUCCUUCUCCUUUGAAAGCUCUGGAUGGAGAUGCUUCUGCACUGCUAGGGGAUGUGAAGAAUAUUGAUAAGCCUAAGUCAGGAAGCCUGCUUCCUAAGGACUCAAGUAAUAGAUUUAAAGAUGCCAGUGGGUCCUCUGAUACAUCGUAUCAUAAAUAUCAUGAUAAAAGUGCUUACUCACAGACCAAAAUCCAGUCUGGUAAACUAUCUAGCAACGCUGAUGAACUGGAAUCAUCAAUUCGUGCGAGAGCGAAAAAUGGGAUCCGUCAAAUUCCUGACCUUAAUCUCUCUGACGGGAAGUACUCCGUUCCAACUACAAAAACUUCACAUGUGCACAGAAAGGAGGGUUCUAGUGUAAGGCCAAAGGGUUCAAUGCUUGAAAAGGCUAUUAGGGAUUUGGAACGGAUGGUUGCAGAAUCAAGACCACCUGCUAUGGAGAAUGCAGAGGGAGAUAAUUCAUCCCAAGCAAUUAAAAGGAGAUUGCCCAGAGAAAUAAAGAUGAAGCUUGCUAAAGUUGCUAGACUGGCGCAGGCUAGCCAUGGAAAAAUAUCAAAAGAGUUACUUAAUCGGCUUAUGAGUAGCCUUGGGCACUUGAUACAACUCAGGACAUUGAAGAGAAACUUAAAGGUUAUGAUCAGUAUGGGUUUAUCAGCCAAAAAGGAGAAAGAUGACAGGUUUCAACAGAUCAAGAAGGAAGUUAUCGAUAUGGUUAAGAUGAAUGCAUCCUCCUUGGAGUCUAAGGCCUUGGAACAACAAGCUGGGUCCUCGGAUGAUUUUCAAGAUACCUCUGGAGCAAAAGAAGUCUCUAAAAGAAAGUUUAGCAUGGAUCCCGUAUUAGAGGACAAGAUUUGUGACCUCUAUGACCUCUAUGCUGAUGGGCUGGAUGAAGAUGUAGGUCCACAAAUAAGAAAGCUCUAUGCUGAGUUAGCGGGAUUGUGGCCUAGUGGUUUCAUGGACAAUCAUGGCAUCAAAAGUGCAAUUUGUCGGGCAAAAGAUAGACGGAGGGAGCGAUACAGCCAAAAUAAAGAUCAGGAGAAAAUGAGGAGGAAAAAGAUGUUGACUCCAAAAGUAGAGGAGUCUGUUCGAGUUGAGGGGAGUUCAAUUCCCCAACAACAGUAUAUACGAGAGAGAUUGGCAACUGAACCUGGCAGUCAUGGUUCAGGGAAUAAACCUGUAUCAGGUACAACAGCAGCUGUGAGGAUACCCAGUCCAAUAAACGGUCCUAGCUUUGACAGGCUCAAACAAGAGAAGCUCAAGGGAAGUGCAAGUAAUUCCCCUGAUGACACGAGGGUUGGAGAUGGUGCAGUGAUAAAGAAGAAGGUAAAGAGGAAGCCAGAUCAAGAGUUGGAUGAAACUCGGAUACGGCCAGAAAAGUUACCUUCCCAACAAGGUGAGGAAAGACAAAAGUCGUUCAAGCAGGCGGCUGGUGUACCCCAUAAGUCAAACCACCAAUCCACAGGCCUUCCUAGUGUUGAGCAGUCAAGCUGACAUAAUAUAGCCUAAUUAGGAAGUUUACAACAUAAGAAUGUUUGUGUAACAGAGUCUUCAUUUUUUUCUUUCCUUUUUUUGGCUCUUUUCUUUUUCUUUGGUUUGGCUUCAUUCAUUGCGACUCUGAUUGUUGCCAUUUUUGUAAUUAUCAAUGUUACUACAUGGUGCUUAAUUGUGGAUUAGGGAUUCAGAUUUAAAUAGAGAUAGCAAAAAGCUGUAAUUUUCUUGUGCAAUGUAGUUCCAUCCAUUUCUUC